GGUUGUCCGUUGGAAGUUGGAGCUGUUCCUUUUGACACUAAAGAAUUCAACUUUACAAGCCAUUUGAACAAGGCGCGAGAGUCCUUCACAGGACGUAUCUGGCUUAGCCAUCAGCUGGAGUCACUUUUAACAGGAUCACAAGGCAACAAUAUUGGUGGAGUUUUAAUUAUUGGGGCACCAGGGACUGGAAAAUCUGCCUUCAGUGCACAGCUGAUUUGUUCAAGCGCAUUCAACCCAUACAUAAACAGAAGAAUUAUUGGUUAUCACCUAUGCAGGCAUUCAGACGUAGCGACCCAAGAACCAGGUCGAUUUGUUCGAAAUUUGGUCAACUUGAUAGCCAGAAGGAUUCCAGAGUAUGGAAUGCUGAUUCAUAACAGCCCAUUCAUACUACGAAUUCUUCAAAGAAGUUGUUUGCGAGACCCUUACCACUGCUUUGAAGAAGCAAUUGCCACUCCCUUAAAACGGGUUACUAGCAAUGACUUUCAAAGUUACUUUAUAAUAAUAGAUGCUUUAGAUGAAUGCUCUUCUGAAGCCAGUGGGACUUCAUUGGAACAAUUUAUAAAAGACACCUACAACAGUCUUCCUAAAUGCGUGCAUCUUGUCAUGACAUCGCGUAACGACUCUGCUGUAUUGAAACAUUUCAGCAGCAUUCCAAAGGUGCACUUAUCUUCUGAGGAUGUAAGAAACUUGCAAGAUGUCGAAAUUUUUAUAGCCACCAAGCUACUUGAAGAUACAGCCUUUCUUGAACGUCUAAAAGUUAUGUUAAGCUUCGUCAAGGGGGAUGCGGUCUCCUAUCUAGUAAACAGGUUAUUAAAUCAAAGUGAAGGAAACUUUCUUUUCGCAAAGUUAAUGCUUCUUCACGGAAAGGAGAAUUGGAGUAAUAAAUCUGAUCUGAACAAGCUCCCGACAACCAUCAGUGACCAGUGCGAGAGUUACUUUAGACGGGCUUUUGGGUCGAGAGAGAAAUUCAAACCUGCACUUCCAGUACUCGAAAUUUUAGCUGCUACUUUUAAACCGUUAAAGCUAAAUCAUAUAUUUGACGUUUUACGCUUUCGGCAGAAGAUGGACUUUGAAUACGAUUUUGUCUAUACACUGCAAGGACUAUCGCAUUUUAUUACACAGGAUGAGGACAGCACCAUCAGACUAUCUUAUCAUACGUUCAUAAACUGGCUGACCAGCAAGGAAAACCUUGGAAAUCCAUUUUACGUGAGUCGGAGUCGAGGGCAAAGACGCUUGCUAGAAUAUUACUUCAAUUUUGUAAAAAUCGAUCCAUUUUCCUCAAACGAUGUUAAUCGAUUUGCACUACAGCUUACUAGUUUCAGUGGACGAGCUGGUCAUCUUCACGAGCUCGGAAAUGUCAAAGCAACUCACAUCAAAGUAACUAGCGACAACAGCAAAAAGACCCUUCUCCAUCUUUCUUCUAAUGAAGGUAACAGGAAGGUUCUUCAGAUUCUUAGUCACACGUUUGAAGAUAUUCAAUGUAAUGGCUUGUAUGUUUUCACACCAGCAUUUGUUAAAGCGAUGAAUGACCUUGUGGAAAAGGUCGAGUAUCGUUUGAGCAAAAGAUUGCAGUUGAAACAUCGCAGAAUCGCUCCUUCGUUAUCGUACUUUAUCAAAAGAUCCAAGGAGGCUUUUAUACAGGAUCGCAUUAAGAGAGUUUCUCCAUCAUUUAGGGAUACCAAAGGUCUUAACUUGGCUAUAGCUUUUCUGUCAACGUGGAAUGGACACCUAAAAUUUGUCCAGUUUCAUGGGUUGUUGCCUAUGAAACGAAGCAGGCAAAGGCUUUCGUUCAAUUUUUCCUGCCUCCACGGGUUCCAAACAUAUUCGUACACAGAACACCGUUUCCUCCACGGCUUCCAAACAAAUUCGUACACAGAACGCCGUUUCCCCGCUUCUUCAACAAGGUCUAUACAAACUGGAAUCUUAGUGUGUCAUAUGACGAUAAUUUUCACAAUUGUCUUGAAUUUUUGUCAACAUUAGGUCUACUAUGACACAGGUAACCCAAGCUCACACUUGUCAGCUAGUUGAUUAUUCAUCACUAACAAUUUUCUGAAGCACAGGUAGCCCAAGCUCGAAACAUGAGCAUUGGCGAACAUCGGCAUUGUUGCGUAACAUUCGAAAUAUAAGGAUUUGUAUGAGAAAAAAAAACAACUAUCGUUUCCGUAACCCACGAAAAUGAAAGGAUUUCAAUAAAAAACAGCUUACCUUACAUAAAAUGUGUGUCACGUGUCUCCUGGUUGGUCCAUGGGCCGAUUUAUGGGUUGUACUGUAAACGGUUUCCUCUCUAUAUAAAGGUAACCCUUUACAUGGAGAGAAAACUGUUUACGGUACAACCCAUAAAACGGCUAUAAAUCGGCCCAUGGACCACUCGGGAGAGACGUAAUGUAACGAAACGAGACGUAACGUUUCGAAUGUCAUGCAACAAUGUCUAUGUUCGCCGAUGCUUAUAUUGCGAGAUUGGGCUACCUGUUUUUUUAGUAACUAAUAAUCCAUCAGUAACAAUAUCGCUCAAAGAAAGACAAUUGAACGUGUUUGGGUAACCUGAAACGUAGUCACAAAACAAAUCCUUAGUGAAACACAAGGAAAGCGCUAGGUAAAUUGUCGCCGUUCGAAUUGUUAAAACGUUAGCUUGGGCCAAGUGCGAAACCAAACUCAUAAUUGUAUUGACGAAUGUAAAAUAGAUAUUUUGUGCCUGUACUCACUGGAUAUAUGUGCCAAAAAAUUACGGAAAAAUCGUCCGCGUCAUUGCCAAGUUGACAAAAAGGCCUUAAUUAGAUGGAUUUAGGCCUUCUUGACGGGAAGGUCGCAACAAGUCAAAAUCGGUGGUGCUCUGUCCAACAGCGUUAUUCCAAGGGACGGUAUCCCUCAGGGGACAAGACUAGCCCCCCUGUUGUUUGCAAUCCUCGUCAACAACCUAGUGAAGGACGGCAAAACUAGAGUUAAGUAUGUGGACGAUCUCUCAGUCUUAGAGAUUAUUCCUAGAUGUUCAACCAGUAUGCUGCCCUUUGUAGCUAGGGAUAUUUGUUCUUAUGCUAGUAGUCACGGGCAUGAAGCUAAAUCCAUCCAAAUGUAAAGAGUGACUCAUAGAUUUCUUACAGUAUAAGCCCUCCGACCCACCUUCCUUACAGAUGUCGGGCAGUAUUAUAGAGCAGGUGUCAUCUUAUAAGUUGCUCGGUGUCCAUCUGUCGCACAAUUUAUCGUGGUUUAUUCACUGCGACUAUAUUGUGAAGAGAGCUCGCAAGCGUCUCUACCUUUUGCAUGUCUUAAUGAAAUCAGGCCUCCCACCAGUUGAUCUCAUUCAGGUUUAUUGUAGCCUUGUGCGGCCCAUUUUAGAAUAUGCAUCUCCGGUGUGGGCAGCGUUACCCAGCUGUCUGGUUCAAUUGGUGGAAAGCGUGCAGAAGUCUGCACUAGGAAUCAUUUUUCCAGAUUGCUCUUAUGAGUCGGCACUCGUGCGCUGUGGCUUGCCUACACUGUUGUCACGCCGUGAUGAAGCUUGCAGGCGUUUUAUAUCUAACAUCAAGGAGUCCGGGUUCCUUUCACACCUGCUGCCGCAGCCCACGAAUGUCACUCAUGGGUACGGGUUGAGGUCGGGUUUUUCCCGUUCUGAUUUCCGCUUUGUCAGAACGGACCGCCUUAGUAAUUUUGUUUCCCACAGUUACAGUAGGAUUUAA